UCAUUUGUCACUUGGAAAAUUGAUUUGAUUUGAGUCGGUCGAUUAAUAAUUAAAUAAAAUUGGCUUCAUUUUGAAUUUUAAAUUCGCGCAAUAAACCAUUCAAAACUUGAAAUAUUAAAAUGUUAAUGGAAUAUUGACAUGUCCAUUCCGUUGUUCUAUUAGCCAGAUGGAAGGUGAAUUACAAAACGAAACCACAUCCAGGCGCACAAAUCAUUAAAGGCACUCGUAAUGACCGGAAUAGUAUCAUUUUUAUUCAGUUGGACAUAUUAUUACGUUCUACCGCUAAUUCAUCGUGUGACUGUCGGUUCUAUAAGUUCUCUAAGCAGAACAUGGAUUGGGAAUAUCUUAGCUUUUGUGUGGAAUUGGACGGGCGGGUGGUUCAGCUGGACGCGCCAGUCGGAUUCGAUGUUACGUAAUGCUGAACAAAUUAUACUGUCAUGUGUGAAGACCGCGUACAAGCGUUUCUAUGUCGACAUCGGGUCGGUGGUGGGCCAGAGCGACAAGAUAUGGACCAUCUCGCUGAACGACGAGAGCAAGAAGACGCCGCUCGUGAUGCUGCACGGCAUGGGCGCGGGCGUGGCGCUGUGGUGCCCCAACCUGGACGCGCUGGCCGCCACCAGACCUGUGUACGCCAUGGACUUGUUAGGAUUCGGCCGCAGUUCCCGUCCGAAGUUCGCGUCAGAUGCUGACAAGGUGGAGGCGCAGUGGGUGGAGUCGGUGGAGCAGUGGCGGCGCGAGGUGCAGCUUGAAGACUUCGUGCUACUGGGGCACAGCCUGGGCGGGUACAUCGCCACCGCCUACGCGCUGCGAUACCCUGAGAGGGUGCGUUUGCUGAUCCUGGCGGACCCGUGGGGCUUCGCGGAGCGGCCCAGCAACGUGUACGAGAAGUACCAAGUGCCGCUGUGGGUGCGCGCCGUGGCGGCCGCCGUGCAGCCGCUCAACCCGCUGUGGGCCGUGCGCGCCGCGGGCCCCGCCGGCCGCUGGCUCGUCAGCCGCACGCGGCCCGACAUCCCGCGCAAGUACGCCGCCUACGUGCCCGACGCGCUCGCCGUCGUGCCCGACUACAUCUACCAGUGCAACUCGCGCACGCCCAGCGGCGAGAGCGCGUUCCACACCCUGAUGCACGGCUUCGGCUGGGCCAAGAACCCCAUGGUGCGGCGCGCCGCGCAGCUCGACCCCGAGCUGCCCAUCUGCGUGCUGUACGGCUCGCGCUCGUGGGUAGACAACGGCACCGGCCAGCUGCUGGCCGACAACAGGGCCUCGCCCAAGACUGUUGUUCAGGUGAUCAACGGCGCCGGUCACCACGUGUACCUCGACAAACCGGAACUGUUCAACAAACAUGUACUAGACGCCUGCGAAAUGGCAGACGAUACGCCUAGCAGAGUACCGACGAACAGACCCGCAGCUGCGGACAACAAACCCUCAGCAGCGGACAACAAACCAGCAGCUGCAGACAAUAGACCCUCAGCAACGGACAACCAACCCGCAGCUGCGGACAGCAGACCCUCAGCACCGGACAACCGACCCGCGGCUGCGGACAACAAACCAGAAGCUGCGGACAACAGACCCACAGACAAUAUAAACGGACAAAUGUCUUGAUAGUGAUGAAUAUUAGGUAUAGAUGAAAUUGUUCGUUGUUUAUUUGAGAAGCCGCUAAUGUGCCUAUAAAAUAUCGUCUACUUAAAAAAUGGAUGGGUGCCGAUUCGGUUAUUGGUUUUUUUGUAGCUACAGUUUGGAAAGGCCAUGGAAAUAUGUGCAGUGCAAGUAAAUAGCAUAAUUCUAAGCGAGAACAAUCCGGAAUGUUUGCUUUGCAAAAUUCCAAUAUUUGUCUGAUAUAUUUUUGACUAAAUGGCUAAUGCAUUGUUGAAAUGAUGACUGAAAUAUUUUUUUUUACCAGCGUGAGACCAAAACGAGAAAUAGACAAAAGUCGACCAAUUGCGGCGCUACCGGAAAUAUUGUAUCUGUUUCAUUGCGUUAGGACGAAGGAGAUGGGAUCUGAAACUAUUAUGCGAUCAUUGGUUGAAAUUUUGUCUAUUUCUCUACAUGAUAUUAUCACGUUGGUCGCAUGUCAACGCCACUGGUCAAUACAGAUACGUCGGGUGUGUUUUAUGUUACUACAAAAAUCGAUAUUUUGUCAUGUAACAAUACUUUUUAAUUUUUUAUUAUUUCUUUUUUAUUGACUAUCUAUCUGUUCUACUGUCCACUGUGAUAAGACAACAUCCUUUAUUUAUCUUUAAAGUUUAUUAUCUGUUAAGUUUUGUCUGUAGUGGGUACCAUAUAGUUUAUGCAAAAGCACAAAUACAAAAUCCAUACACAUUUAAAAGUAGCUAGAAAAAAAUAAUUGUAUGACAGCAUCUCGCUUGCACAAAUAUAAUCCAAUGGGUUUAUGCUGUAACUUUUUUUGUCAGUUACUAUUUGCUAUGUGUAUAAUGUUGACCGCUUCACAGCUUACAGUUGUGUAAAACAAUCAUACUAUAGCUUGGUAACUUCGUUCGUAACACUCCCGAUGUUCCGCGCGGGCCGGGGGACGUGUAGCGAUGAAUGAAAAACCCACGACUGAUACGCGUCACUUCCCCGCACGUAAAAUUUCACACUCACGUAGUCUUCCCCUAUCGCCCGCAUAUAAUGGGAGUGUUAUAAACUUAUAUUAUAACUUGCCAGACUUUAGCCUAAUAAACGAUACGCUACCGCUACUUGAUGGUUUUACAUGUUAAUAUUUUCGGAUAAUGCUUGCUUAGGUUUGAUUUCCAGAUCAAUUUAGAAAAUUAUAAUUAUUAUUAAAUUGUAAUUUAAAAAUGUAAGUUAAAUUGUACUGUUACUGUUAUGAUGCUAUAAAAACAGUGAGAUAUUGUUAGCGAACGAAUCGAGUUAGCGUAUUACAAUUUGCAUUUUAAGACAAACUGUAAAGUGAAACUGAUACCGCUUCAUCAUUAUCAACUGGAUUACUAGACGUAGACAUAUCCUUCCUAUAAAAAUUUCAAACACAACUCGAAGAUCGAGACCAUAUUGAAAAAUACCUUGAUUAAAAAAAUGCCUUACUUAUUUAUUGGAUGCCACCAGAAAAACGUUGUAAAAAUAAAAUAUAAGAUAAAUAAAUAGUUACAAAAGUUUUAUGCUACUGCAGCCAUCUUUUACAGGCAAACACUGUACUGCAGUCUGGUUAAAAACUUUAUUAGUCAAAAAAAAAUUACUGCAUAAGCCCAUUAGAGAUGAAAUUCGUGGUGCGCCCUCUGUAAAGUAUUGUAUUAUUGCGGUUUUAAUCGCGAUUGUUGAGCUUAAGAUCUUUUAUACUUGGAUUACUUAUUAUGUAAAUACAUAUAAUUUAUUGAUCAAA